GAAACCGUGGUGUUGAUACGGUUAGCUUGAAUCUUCAAGGUUUCCUUAGCUAUUGCUUAGCAAUCAUUCUUAAGCCUGUUUUUACGGUGUCUGCCCAGAGUAAGUGGUUUAGCUAGAAGGGGCCGUUGCACUUGGACUUCUUCUGCAAUCACGAGACCUGCGUGCAGAAGAUUAAGUCCGAGGUGUUGAACUUUCAGUACACCCCGAAGAGAGCAACGAAUGCGAGUAGCCAAAUGGUUCUGAUUCUAUGACUACAUAAACGACUGGGCUGCCUAUUCAUUCCUUUCUGUUCAUCUUGGUCUCAGCAAAGAGGUAUUGACAUCUGAGAUUACCGACGCCAUGAAAACAGUCUUUGCUCUGCUUCCGCUCAUCUCUGCCGUCAUGGCGGAAAACAUCAGCUCUACUUGCCGCAACCUCACACUCGACCCGGCCACUGAGGUCCUCAGUGGAGCGUGUAACGACGGCCAGGGGAGCAAUGCUGCUUGGCAGCCGACCUCGCUCGACCUCAACACCUGUCUCGUUUUCGACGACGACCAGAACCAAAUCCUUUGGCAGUUAUACGGAAACUUUGGCGCUCAGUGCGACAGCUGCCACUUCUUUUGGAACAAGGACCCCGUCUGGGGAUUUCAAAGGCUUAAUUAACAUUGGAUGUACUUGUUCGGGCACAGAGGCUUCGUUCGGGAUCGACAACAGCUACAUCGACAACAAGUUUGGAUAACUCGUAUGCUGGCGCUAUUCCAGUUAAAAUCUCGUGAAUUACUGGACUCGAAUCUCGUGGUUCACGGUAUGAUGCUUGUCGGGGCAUUCAAGCACAGGAAUUAAGAGUGUUCCAAAUUGGCAGCCGUUGUAUGUUAGGCAGUAAACAUGCGGGACACCAUGACCGCAAUGCUAUAAACAUGCCG